AUGCAAGUAUACUCUAAAACUGCUGAUAAUGUCACACUUUUCGAGGAUGGCGGAGUAAAGAAAGCAAAAGCCAGAACUGUUCCUGAUGAGAGGACAAUGAAGGUUACGAAGGAAGAUCUCACAGUAGAUGAGCCUGUAACUGCUGAGAAAAUAAUAGAGAAACUAGAAAUUUAUGGUGGUUGCUUGGUUAAGAACUAUUUAUCACUCGAGGAUUGCGAUGCAAUCUUGAAAGAUGUAAGGCCCUAUUUGGAUGCCGAUAAGGCAUGGGAGGGAGGUUUCUUUCCCAAAGAAACCAGGAGAGCUAGUAGAACCUGUGUUAAAUCAAAGGUGGUUGCUGAGAAGUUUUUAGCUCAUCCGUUAAAUAUUGCAGUCUCCAAUAACUUCUUAUCAAAGGAGAAUUAUUUUAUUGUAGGAGAUAGAGCGGCAACUGGAUUUUCACCAGCUCAACACAAUUCAACAAUUACUUUUGAUGUUGGUCCUGGUGCGAAAGAUCAAGAGUUGCACCGCGAUGAUAUUCUUCAUCAUAAUAUCAGACAUAAAAUGGAUAAAUACGAAUAUGGAUACGAAACUGCAGUUGGAACCGUUUUGGGUCUUUCUAAGACCACAGUAGCCAAUGGAGCAACAAGAUUUGUUCCGGGAUCUCAUUUAUGGGACCAUUUUAGGAAGCCCAAGGAAGAAGAAUGUGUUUACGCAGAAUUAGAGAAAGGGGACUGCUUUUUUAUGUUGGCAUCAUGCUACCAUGGAGGUAGUGCCAAUACUACUGAAAAUGAACAUAGAAUUUUGAUUAUUCUUUUCAUGACUCAGGGUACCAACAGACAGGAAGAAAACAUAUUCUUGGGUACACCAAUUGAAUACUUUAAGUCGUUAUCAGUUGAUGCUUUGAAAGCUUUAGGAUUAACCACAAGUGAGCCAUUUUGCGGUUUUUACGAAUUGAAAAAUCCUCUUGAGUUCUUAAAGCCUUCGUACAAAGACCCUGGAAAUGAUGACUUAUUCACAAAUGCUUAUCCCUAUGUUGAAACUGCUUAA